AUGGUCGCAGAAACAAAGCUCUACGAUGCUUUGAACAUCAAGCCUGAUGCUACUCAGGAUGAGAUCAAGAAAGCCUAUCGCAAGGCCGCCUUGAAGUGGCAUCCGGAUAAGAACAAAAAUGAUCCCACUGCAUCUGAACGGUUCAAAGAUGUAUCUCAAGCUUACGAAGUACUUUCCGAUCCCGAGAAGCGAAAGGUUUAUGACCAAUACGGACUCGAAUUCUUGCUCCGUGGUGGUUCUGCGCCACCCCCGGAAGUGGAGAUUGAUCAUGGUAUGCCUGGUGGUGGUGCCAGAGCUUUCCACUUCUCUACCGGUCCUGGAGGAGGUGGCAGUGGUUUCCGAUUUAGUAGUGCUGACGAUAUCUUUCGCGAUUUCGCUAAAGCCGGUGGAAGUGGCCUGGGCGACGACCUAGGAGGCAUCGGCGAUGACUUCUUGAACGCCAUGGGCGGUGGUGGCGGUGGUGGCGGUCGCGGUGGUCGCGGUGGUUGGCCUGGUCAGUUCCCACGAGGAUCUUAUAAUAAUCAAGCCGAGCCGACUGCUGUUGUUGAAAAGGAUCUUCCUCUCACCCUGGAGGAGAUUUUCACCGGUACCACGAAGAAGGUCAAGACUAAGAGCAAGGCAUUUGACGGUACUGGAAAACGCAGUGUUCAGGAAAUCACUCUUGAGGCUACUAUUAAGCCUGGUCUCCGUGCGGGUUCCAAGCUGAAGUAUAAAAACAUUGGAUCCCAAGAAGAAGGUGGUCGACAAGAUGUUCAUCUUGUCAUUUCACAGAUCGAGCAUCCCACAUUGAAGCGCAUCGGCGACAACCUUGUCACGACCGUCGACCUUAGCUUGAAGGAGGCACUGACUGGGUGGGAACGCCAUGUCAAAACAAUUGACGGCAAAACUAUCCGAGUCCAAAAGCCAGGUCCCACACAACCAAACUUUGAAGAACACUACCCUGGACUGGGCAUGGUUAUCUCAAAGAAACCGUCGGAACGCGGCGAUCUCAUUGUGCGUGUUAACAUCAAGUUCCCUACCAGCUUGACUGCAGAGCAGAAGAAGCUCCUCAAGGAAGCCCUGCCGUAA